AUGACCCUGUGGAACGGUGUACUGCCUUUUUACCCCCAGUCCCGGCAUGCGGCAGGCUUCAGCGUCCCACUGCUCAUCGUUAUUCUAGUGUUUUUGGCUUUAGCAGCAAGCUUCCUGCUCAUCUUGCCCGGGAUCCGUGGCCACUCGCGCUGGUUCUGGUUGGUGAGAGUUCUUCUCAGCCUGUUCAUAGGCGCUGAAAUCGUGGCUGUGCACUUCAGUGCAGAGUGGUUGGUGGGUAGAGUGAACACCAACACAACCUACAAGGCCUUCAGCUCAGCGCGCGUUAGAGCCCGCGUCGGUCUGCUCGUGGGCCUGGAGGGCAUUAAUAUUACACUCACAGGGACCCCGGUGCUGCAGCUGAAUGAGACCAUUGACUACAACGAGCAGUUCACCUGGCGUCUGAAAGAGAAUUUCGCCGGGGAGUACGCCAACGCACUGGAGAAAGGGCUGCCGGACCCAGUGCUCUACCUGGCGGAGAAGUUCACACCGAGUAGCCCUUGCGGCCUGUACCACAAGUACCACCUGGCGGGACACUACGCCUCGGCCUUGCUGUGGGUGGCGUUCUGCUUCUGGCUCCUCUCCAACGUACUGCUCUCCACGCCGGCCCCGCUCUACGGAGGCCUAGCACUACUGACCACCGGAGCCUUCGUGCUCUUGGCGAUCUUCUCCUGGGCCUCCACCUCCACAGUGCCGCUCUGUCCGCUCCGCCUAGGCUCCUCCGCGCUCACCACUCAGUACGGUACCGCCUUUUGGGUCACGCUGGCAACCGGUGAGGACCGAGGGAACGGCAGAACGCCACCCUGCAGGGGACUGGGGACACUAUCUGUGAGCGGGCUUCUCCAGCCCACCGGCGUUCCCAAAGCCUCGCUUCCCUUUGUCCCUACCCCAGCGCCAAAGCCCGGGGCUGGGAUAGCGGCGGCUCGGCGGAAUUCUCCGGGGGAGGAUUCAUACCGGGUGUGCACUUUCCCGUUCAUAGAAUGAAUCCACAUCUAUUACCUGAUUUGCCCCUCUCAACAGUUCGCAGAAACAGGCACUGUUAUGACCAUUUUACAGAUGAAAAGGGGGCUCAGAAGGGUUUGCUGUCUUGCCGCGUUUCAUGUAAUCCAGAUUAGAGGUGUGUAGGGAGCCGGGGGAGGUAACGCAAGGGGUAGACUCCAAAAGAUGAAAGAGGGGCCAGGCGCGGUGGCCCACGUCUGUAAUCCCAGCACUUUGGGAGGUAGAGGCAGGAAGGUCGUUUGAGGCCAGGAGUUGGAGACCAGCCUGGGCAAUAUAGCUUGACUCCACCCGCCCUCCUUUCUUUCGGUCCCCACCGCCACAGGCAUCCUGUGCCUCUUCCUUGGAGGGGCCGUGGUGAGUCUCCACUAUGUUCGGGCCAGCGCUCUUCGCACUCUUCUGGACCAAAGCGCCGAGGACUGCAGCCAGGCGAGAGGGGGCUCACCUCUUAUCCUCGGCGACCCACUGCAGAAGCAGGCCGGGCUCCCGGACUUAAAAUAUAUCACCACUAACCUGUGAGAAGGAACCAAUCUGGACACCUUCCCCGCCUUGGGACCUCGCAGGCCGGGAAGCAGUGCCCCCAGUUCUGGGCCAGGAGAGCUUCGGAAGGGGCACUAGGUGCUGCUGGCGCCGAGAGCCAGGGGCUAGGUCUCAGACAUCCGCAGGCACCAGGAAAAGUCUCCUGGUGGGAGUUGUAAAUAAACUUUUUUUUCUGUUUUGUUUU